AUGCACGCCAGCCCAUCAGAAGAACCUCGGGUUCAGACGCACGCCAGCCCAUCAGAAGAGCGUCGGAUUCAGACGCACGCCAGCCCAUCAGAAGAGCCUCGGGUUCAGACGCACGCCAGCCCAUCAGAAGAGCCUCGGGUUCAGACGCACACCAACCAAUCAGAAGAGCGUCGAGUUCAGACGCACGCUAGCCCAUCAGAAGAGACUCACUCAGGUUCAGACGCACACCAGCCCAUCAGAAGAGCCUCAGGUUCAGACGCACGCAUGCCCAUCAGAAGAGCCUCGAGUUCAGACGCACGCCAGACCAUCAGAAAAGCCUCGGGUUCAGACGCACGCCAGCCCAUCAGAAGAGCCUCGGGUUCAGACGCACACCAGCCCAUCAGAAGAGCGUCUAGUUCAGACGCACGCCAGCCCAUCAGAAUAGCCUCAGGUUCAGACGCACGCCAGACCAUCAGAAGAGCCUCGGGUUCAGACGCACACCAGCCCAUCAGAAGAGCCUCGGGUUCAGACGCACACCAGCCCAUCAGAAGGGCCUCAGGUUCAGACGCACGCCGGCCCAUCAGAAGAGCCUCAGGUUCAGACGCACGCUUGCCCAUCAGAAGAGCCUCGAGUUCAGACGCACGCCAGCCCAUCAGAAGAGCCUCAGGUUCAGACGCACGCCAGCCAAUCAGAAGAGCUUCUAGUUCAGACGCCCUCCAGCCCAUCAGAAUAGCCUCAGGUUCAGACGCACGCCAGCCCAUCAGAAGAGCCUCAGGUUCAGACGCACGCCAGCCCAUCAGAAGAGCUUCUAAUUCAGACGCACGCCAGCCCAUCAGAAUAGCCUCAGGUUCAGACGCACGCCAGCCCCUCAGAAGAGCCUCUAGUUCAGACGCACGUCAGCCCAUCAGAAGAGCGUCGAGUUCAGAGGCACGCUAG